AUGGUGCACUACACAGCAGAGCCUAUCAAUGAGUCUCUGAUCCUGUUUUCAGACAAAGAGCUCAGUGUUCUGGGUGUUCAGUCUUUCAUAUAUGUGAUGCAGUUCAUGACUGACCAGCCCUUAAGGAAGGACCAGACAGAAGAAAAGUGUGCCUAUUUUAUUAUACAGCUUGGGAAAGAGAAGGAGUUUCUCCGGGAUGAGCUCUACUGCCAGAUCAUCAAACAGACCUCCAACAAUCCACGCAAAGAGAGCUGUGCACGUGGCUGGCUUCUGCUAAAACUCAUCACUGGCUUCUUCCCCUGUUCCUCGACAUUACUGCCAUAUAUGAUGCGACAUCUCCAGAGCUGCAGUCAGGACUCCAACCACCCUUACCAAGAGAAGGCUCAUGCGUGUGAGAACAAUCUCAAACAUUCACUCACCUAUGGAGGACGCAGAAAUAUUCCUUCUCAUUUGGAGAUGGAAGCCAUUUUGGCAGGUCGGAACACUCGGCGGUUGCCCAUCCUGCUCCCAGGUGGAGUGGAGUUCCCAUGCAAAGUCUGCAACUUCAACGUGGCGAAUGAGGUCGUGAUAGACAUUUGCACAGAGAUGGGUAUGAGUAAUCCAGCUGAGGUGAACGAAUUUUCCAUCUUUGCCACCCGCCAUCAGGAUGAACAAGUGCGUCCCAUUCACCCAGAUGAGUAUGUGUUGGACUUCCUGCUGGAUGAUGGCUCAAUCUCGCUCUCAUUCCAUCGUCUUCUCUGGAAAUAUCCUCUGCAUUUUGAGAAUGAUCUCUACAUCGAGUUUCAUUACCAUCUGAUCCUGGCUGAUUAUCUGAAUGGGAAAAUCCUCCUGCCUGGGAACAGUUCCACACUUCACCAGCAGGUGGCAGAGUUGGCUGUGCUUCAGCACCUCGCUCUGGGAUUCAAUCAACAGCCUACACCGCAAGAGCUCAAGCAGUAUGUGCCUCUUCUGGAUGGGAUCAGUGCCAAUGACCAAAAUCUGCACAGUGCUGCACUGAGACAACUUUCUCUCAGUGCAAAUAUCAACCCUGUUGAUGCUAAAAUACAUUUCAUCAAGACUCUCAGUUCCCUGCACCUCUUUGGCUCAAAUAUAUUCAUGGCUCAGAAAAUCAGCCACAAAGGUUGUCCAUCACCCUGUGUGGUGGCAGUCAACCAUGAAGACAUCGGCAUUAUUCAUCCCCAAACACGGUUUUCAGCCUUAACGAUUCCGAUGGAAGAGGUGCAGUCCUUGCGCACGAUCACUCCCAAGAAGGAAAAAGUGCCAGCAGUAGAGAUCAACUUUGGCAACCCGUCUCAUCCUAACACCAUCACUAUUUAUCUGAAGCAGGCAAGGGAGCUUUGCCACAUCAUUGCUAUAAUCAUGGAUCUAUUGAGACCACCUAGCAGGAAUCGCACAUGA